UGCAAAAGAGAAUCAGACAGUGUCUAAAUAUAAAAAUGGCAUCAUUGUUUAGUGAUAGUUUUCUGUCUGUGUCUUCAAUGCAAAAUACUGUGUUGUUAGUAGCAGUUCUAUUUGUCACAUUGUUUAGUGAUAGUUUUCUGUCUGUGUCUUCAAUGCAAAAUACUGUGUUGUUAGUAGCAGUUCUAUUUGUCACAUUGUUAGUAAUAGCUAGAGUUGUGAGGAAACGCCCCAAGCUGCCUCCUGGCCCGCUGUCUUUGCCCAUAUUUGGCAAUUGGCUUCAAGUGGGCAACGAUCUGAAUCACAGAAAUCUUAUGAAAAUGGCCAAAAAGUAUGGGGAUGUUUUCAUGCUGAGAUUGGGGUGUAGAAAUUUAGUGGUGGUGUCGAGUCCCGAGCUUGCAAAACAAGUUCUUCAUACUCAGGGUGUCGAAUUCGGGUCUAGGAAGAACAACCUGGUGUUUGAUAUAUUCACGGGCAAUGGGCAAGACAUGGUGUUCACUGUCUAUGGUGAGCACUGGAGAAAGAUGAGAAGGAUUAUGACUCUUCCCUUCUUUACUCAGAAAGUUGUCCAACACUGCAGAGGAGAAUGGGAGGAGGAGAUUCAGAGAGUCGUUGAAGAUGUUCAGGCCAAUGAAAUGGCCUUAGAGAGAGGUAUAGUUAUUAGGAAGAGGCUUCAGCUCAUGCUUUAUAAUGUCAUGUAUAGGAUGAUGUUUGACCACAGGUUCGAGUCUCAGGAGGACCCGCUGUUCGUUCAGGCCACGGGUUUUAAUGCGGCGAGAAGCCGACUGGCGCAGAGCUUUGAGUACAACUAUGGGGACUUCAUUCCCAUCUUGAGGCCGUUCUUGAGAGGGUAUUUGAACAAGUGCAGGGAGUUGCAGAGCAGGAGGCUUAAGUUUUUUAACGACUUCUUCGUCCAAGAACGAAGGAAGAUUUUGGCGAAAGGGAAGGGCGAUGGGCAGGUAAAAAAGUGUGCAAUAGAUCACAUACUGGAAGCAGAGAGCAAGGGAGAAAUCAAUGAGCAAAAUGUGCUGUACAUCGUGGAGAAUAUAAACGUGGCUGCCAUAGAGACGACACUGUGGUCGAUGGAGUGGGCUCUUGCGGAGCUGGUGAACCAUCCUGAAGUGCAGGCCAAGGUGAGAAGUGAAUUGGAGAGAGUUGUUGGGAAAGGGGAGGAGGUAAAGGAGGAGGACGUUGAGAAGCUGCCGUAUUUGCAAGCGGUGGUGAAAGAGACUAUGAGGUUGCACACACCCAUUCCGCUGCUCGUUCCACACAUGAACUUGGAGGAGGCCUCCAUUGAUGGCUUUCGAAUUCCUCGGGAGAGCAAGGUGGUGGUGAACGCUUGGUGGCUGGGGAACAAUCCCGAAUGGUGGCGGGAUCCAUCAGAGUUCAGGCCGGAGAGAUUUAUGGAGGAGGAGGAGGAGACUGAGGCGGCUGUGGGGGGGAAAGUGGACUUCCGUUUUCUGCCAUUUGGAAUGGGUAGAAGGGGCUGCCCUGGAAUCAUCCUUGCCUUGCCUCUGCUCGGCCUGGUAAUUGGGAGAUUGUUGAACAACUUCGAGCUGCUUCCUCCGCCAGGUGAGGAGAAGAUCGAUGUGAGUGAAAAGGGUGGGCAGUUCAGUCUCCAUAUCGCUCACCAUUCUACCAUACGUUUCAGUCCUGUUUGACACUCUCUCUCGCUCCAUUCUCACAUAUGACUAGCCCUGUUUUCAUCUUCCCUCACAUGAUACUCUGUUGCAUUGUAGUGUAGGAUAUGUUUUCCCUUCAAUUUGUAUGCUGUAUCCUCUAGUUUUCUCACACAGAUCAGUGAUGCAUCUGUACGGCUUAUUUA